UAUCAAGGUACUCCAAAUAUCAAGGUACCAAGAUACUUGGAUUUAACAACAACGUGUUAAAUCCACCUCAUCUAAAGGAGAACCUCACCUGCUUUGUUACAGCCUUACAAAAUAAACACAGAGAUGCUAAUACAAACCAUCUUAGCAUGCUAACAUUUGCUAAUGAUUCGUAAACUCAAAGCACAGCUGGAGCGGACGGGAAGUUCUUCGACAAUCCAAGAUGGCGCCGCAGAUGGCUGCCUAAGCGUUUCGGUGCUCUUUGAUUUUUGUUGUUUUCCUCGUAAACGAACUUCUAUGCUGGUUCUUUCAGCUGCUGGUAAGAAGAGACAGAGACUUUUCUUCAUCCUCGUUUUGUGCUUCACGGAGACGUGGCUUUGUGGAUCGAUCCCCGACUCCGCGCUCCAGCUGGCCGGCUUCCAGCUGCUCAGAGCGGACCGCGACACGGAGCUGGAGGAAGGGUGGAGGAAUGUGCUCCUACCUCAACAACGGCUGGUGCAACGACGUAACAGUGAUCCUGCAACAAUGUUCUCCUGCUCUGGAAUCCUUCUAAAUCAACUUCUACUCUCCCCUGGAGUUCGCUUCAUUCAUCCUGGUCGGUGUUUACAUUCCGCCUUCAAACAGUUUAUUAAAUGCCCGACCAGAGAGGAGAACACGCUGGACCACUGCUACACUACAGCAAGCAGGGCUUAUUACACCGUCCCUCCUGCUGCGCUGGGCCACUCCGACCACGUCAUGGUCCACCUGAUUCCUGCAUACAGGCAGAAACUAAAGCUCUGCAAACCUGUGGUGAGGGAAUCCAGGAAGUGGACCAGCGAGGCUCUAGAGGAUCUUCGGGCGUGUUUUGACUGCACAGACUGGGAUGUUUUCAGGACUGCUUCUGACAAUCCGGAUGAGUUCACAGAGGCUAUAACUUUCUACAUCAGCUUCUGUGAGGACAUCUGUGUACCAUCAUGCACCAGGGAAGCAGCACGCGAAGGUGGGGAAACACGUCUCUGCCUCUCGGUGCAUCAGCACCGGUUUCCCCCAAGGCUGCGUUCUUUCCCCUCUGCUCUUCUCCCUGUACACGAACAACUGCACCUCCAGUCACCAGUCCUUCAAGCUCCUGAAGUUUGCUGAUGACACCACCCUCAUUGGACUGAUCUCUGGUGGGGACGAGUCCGCCUACAGGUGGGAGUCUGACCACCUGGUGACGUGGUGCAGUGAGAACAACCUGGAGCUCAACGCCCUGAAGACAGUGGAGAUAGUCGUGGACUUCAGGAAGAACGCAGCCCCACCUUCCCCCCUCACCUUGUGUGACUCCUCCGUCACCACUGUGGACGCCUUCCGAUUCCUGCGCUCCAUCAUCACUCAGGACCUCAAGUGGGAGCUGAACAUCAGCUCGGACAUGAACUGUUUGUGCACCUUCCAUCCGGCAGGAGGCUGAUUAUUGUACUGUCUUCCGUCAUGCACCAUCCGCCAAGUCAAUUUCCAUGUAUGUCUAACAUAUUAUGGCAAUAAACGCUUCCUGAUUCCUGAUUCCUGAUCCUGAAGUUCUGUUGGAGUAUUUUACUUUAUUAAUUCGUAAACUAAUGGUUUAACUUAAACACAAACAAAGAAAAGAUCAAAAGAUCUGAGAAAUGAAUAAAGAACCGUUUUGAUCUGUCGCUGACAUCACAGACAGUCUCUUCACCUUCCUCCCUCCUCCCUUCUUCUC